CUACACUACACUACACUCGACUACAUGUCAAUCGGAUAAAGCAUAAACAUUGUUCACUUUAGGACAGGAUGUUCUAUUCUAGACACCAGACAAGAGAUGAUGGAUACUCGAGAGCCAGUCAACUGUGGUUCACUAACACCAACCCGGUUAGAAGAAAGGAUGGACUGCAGCCCAAAAAGAAGAAGAAGCAGAGGCCGAUUGCGCCUUUCAUCGGUUGCCUUCUCCUUCUCUUAUCACUUCUUCUUUUCCCUUCUGCCUCCUCCUCCUCCUCCUCCUCCUCUUCUUCCUCUCUCCCUCCUCCUUCUUAACCCUCUUCCACUCUUUGUCCUUGGUCUUUCUUAUUCCCGCGACGGCUUAUUCUCUCGUUCUUCUAACCAGCGCAGCCCCUUCAAUCGUUGCCCGUCUUACCCGUGAAACGCGGAGAAGAGAAUCAGCCAUGACCACCAACAGUGACCUUCCCCGCAUAACCGAUGCCACUAAAGGUUGUGGACCACUCUCAUUACAAAUACGGCAUACCUUCCAGGAUUGCUCACCUUGGAGUAUUCUCUACGCAAAGUGGGCUCCAAGUAUCCCCUGGUCGUACUCUACACAGACUC